AUGUUGGCCACAAACCAGACGUUCGCAAGCCCUACAGAAUCUGAGUUUUCGGAUGUAGACCGUCCAGAGUCCGCAAAGAGGUGGGAUGAGGAUCAAGUUUGCGAUUGGCUAAGGAGUAUCAACUGCGGCGAUUAUGAGAAAUUAUUCAAGAAGAACAAUAUAAAUGGCGAGAACCUUCUAGAAAUGGAUAAAGCGGUGCUUCAAGAAAUGGGUAUUGAAAAGAUAGGAGAUCGCGUUCGUCUCUUCUUGGGCAUCAAAAAGCUCAGGACGAAGGCCUAUGCCAACCAGAAGAAGAGGAAUAGGGAUUCUUUCGCGACACUAGAUACUUUUGCGCACACCCCGUCUUCUUCUGGCUCCCCACGUCCUACAAAUUCUGGAAGCCGAAAUAUGUCUGCAUCUACGGGCAAGAGAUUCUCGAGACAGUUUGAUUCUUUUAAUACCGCUACAGCGAUUCCCGAGAACGUCAGUAAACCAGCUUCGCGGCCUGUCUCACCCUUGACAAAUUCUGAGGUUCGACCUCUACGACAACAGAGAUAUGGUAUCAUGAGCCCAGCAGAACAAAUGAAGCGGGAACAAAGUCAAGGAUACUUUAAUGGUUCGAAUAAUAUUAGCAUACCAGGAAGUGCUGCGACUGUUUCUGGAAGGCGGCCUACCACCCCAUCUGAUCCUGCACAGCCACAGAUAUCUCGGCUAGCUGGUGGUCAUACUCGAGCCAACCCAAGCAUCGAUGGCUCGCUCAUGGCUUCAUUGCCCACAAACCAGGAUGUCAUCAGAGUCAUAUCUUCUAAGGGUGUCACCAAGGUGGUCAAAGUCGCCGAUUGUAGCUCCUGCGACGAGGUGAUGCGAUUGACUUUGAGGAAAUUUGGUUACCGCGAGGACCAUGAUCGGAACUAUUGCUUCUGGGUCCUUGCUGGUGUCGAUCCGGAUCCCAGCCAAUGCCGUCGAUUGCCAGAGGCUGAACUCUGGCGCAUCAUCAAAGAUCAAAAGAGAGCUGAGAGAAAUCGACUUAUCUUGCGAAAGAUACAUGCAGGUGAACCAGGCGACGAUGAGCUACAGCGAGCCGCCAGCAUCGCAUUGGAAGAAGCUACAACAACUCAUAACCGUGCUAUCGAAACCUCCGAUAACAAGCGUAGUCAACUCAAAGUUCAGAAAAUGCUCGGAGAGACCUGGAAUGACAACCUUCAACAUCCAUUAUCACCUGCUUCGUUUCAGUCGGCUGGAUCUAACCUGUCCAUCACUGAGAGAGAGCGCAACGUGUAUAAUGCGGCGAAGGAUCUUGAGAGACCACUGCCAGCCGAUUCCCGAGAAAGUUCAAGGCAUAAAAUAGGCAAGAAAGGUGGUCUGCGCCACUUCUUUGGACAGAGACCCCCAAGUGAAUUGAUCACGUCGGAUUUGACGACAUACUUUCCUGAUCAUCCUCGUGAAGAGAUUGAUCGCACCGCAAGACUUUCAGUGCGGAGAUCUACUCGUCUAAGUAAGGUCAACAGCCGUUUGAGUGUUGCCAGUAACCUCAGCUUCGCUUCGAGCGUAGCUGAUGCCCCACCAAUGCCCACGAUUGCCGAUACUUGGCUCAUGGGUAAUAGCCAAUUAGCAAAAGUCCGACCUUUGGACCUCUCAAGAGCAACUAGUAGUCGAUUUAGAGACUCGGUGGCUUCUUCAUUACUCGACAUUGUCCAAGAAGAAUCCCCAACUGAGCCGAAUCGCAAAUCUUAUGUCUCUUUCGCGACUGAUAGCGGAUCUGAUACUACCAAUGUCAACGUAACUGCUGAUGAUGGAGGUAGCGUUAGAGAUAGCUACUUCGAAGAUGGUAGCACAGAAGCUGGGGAUUCUUUGAAAGAAAUCACCCAAGCACUGAUCAAUGAUGGAGAGGAAUUGGACGAAGAAUUGGAAAGUUUCCUACAGGGUGACUCUUGGGAUGACAGCAAAUGGAUGAAGGGUGCACUUAUUGGACAAGGUUCCUUUGGUAGUGUUUUCUUGGCUUUACAUGCCGUCACGGGUGAACUACUUGCGGUCAAGCAAGUCGAGACACCUUCGCCUAGUACGGACAGUAAAAACGAUGCUCGCAAGAAGAGUAUGAUCGACGCUUUGAAGCGUGAGAUUAGUUUCCUUCGCGAUCUUCAGCAUCCCAACAUUGUUCAAUAUCUCGGAGCAAGCUCAUCCGACAAUCACCUCAACAUUUUCCUUGAAUACGUGCCUGGUGGUUCCGUCCAAACUAUGCUUAAUUCUUAUGGAGCAUUGGGAGAGCCUCUAAUUCGAAGUUUUGUGCGACAAAUUGUCACUGGCUUGGCUUAUCUCCAUGGCAAAGAUAUAAUUCACAGAGAUAUCAAAGGUGCAAAUAUCCUUGUUGACAACAAGGGUGGGAUUAAAAUCUCUGAUUUUGGAAUCUCAAAGAAAAUCGAAGCCUCGAAUCUUCUCAAUGGACCUGGCAAUAAUAAAAACCGACCUUCACUGCAAGGAUCCGUAUUCUGGAUGGCGCCUGAGGUCGUCAAACAAACCGCCUACACACGCAAAGCAGAUAUUUGGUCACUCGGUUGCCUUGUAAUUGAAAUGAUGACUGGUACCCACCCGUUCCCUGAUUGCUCUCAACUACAAGCCAUUUUCAAAAUCGGUGGUGCAAGAAUUAGUCCUACCGUGCCAGACGAAGCCAGCUCUGAUGCGAAGAUCUUCUUGGCAUCAACUUUUGAGGUCGAACAUACCAAACGACCGAGUGCUGACGAGUUGUUACUGAGCCCAUUUUUGAACCCAAUCACUUGA